UGCGCAGAAGAGGAGGAGUCAAACUGGCGGCUGUGGGGACGUUCCGCCUCCUCUCUGGUUAAGGAGGGCCUCGUUGGUUAGCCGAAGCAGGGCGGAAGGGAUGAGUGACGCCGGCUUAGGUUGGGCGUGCGGAAGGCACUUCCGGUUCCGGCCGAGGCGCAAGGGGGAAGAAAGAAGGGGAGAAGGAGAGUGUGUGGCGGGUUUCCCCCCCGUCUCCGCGAGGCUCCCGGGCGGUGGCCAUGGAGUUCCCUGGUGGAAAUGAGAAUUACCUGGCCAUCAGUGGGACAACCCACCCCUUCCUUUCUGGAGCCGAGACCUUCCACCGCAUGCCGAGCCACAGGAGAUGAAAGAGUUCGAGAUCCCCUCCCAUCAGCUGGGCCCGACCUUCUUCCCUGUGGUCGCUUUCUGACGUGGUGGAGCCGCUUCGAGGGAGCCUGGGUGACCCGUGACCGCGUAGGGCCGCCAGCUUCUGGAAGCCCAGUAUGGAGUGCAGGUAAACUUGACAUCCCUGUGGGCAAUCAGCCCGCGGCCUCAUGGAACAAAGAGGCAUGGACUUCUCCUGAGCCGGCCGAGGCGCUGGCCAUGGACUUGGAUAAUCCGAUGGGGACUCAGUACAGCGCCAACCCGCCGGUAACCAUUGACGUGCCAAUGACGGACUUGAUGGGGCACAGUCAGCUGACCACCAUCGCAUUAAUCAGAGCUCCAGUUCUCAGCUGGGGCUCAGCCGCAGAAGCUGAGGGCCAUCUUUGCCCCCUGACUUACCCAGUCUCCUCUGAGGCGGCUCUACACACCCUCGCCUUCACCAGUUCCAUGCAGGAGGAAGAGCCGGAAGAGAUCAGGCGGCAAGUCUCCACCGCUAAACCGAUGCGGGUCACUUGUGGCGGCCCGUGGCAUGUCAGCCCGGUGCCCACGGUGGUCCUGGACGUGGGAAAGAAGCAGAAGCCGACCAAGAAGCAGAAAAAGAAGAAAGACCCCAAUGAGCCGCAGAAGCCCGUCUUUCGACUUCACGCAUUUUGUUCUUCGAGGGACCUUGAAGCUACCGCUAUCGAGGGGCAGAACCCCAGUGCGACCUUUGGCGAGGUCUCCAGGAUCGUGGCCUCCAUGUGGGACAGCUUGGGGGAGGAGCAGAAGCAAGUUUACAAGCGGAAAACAGAGGCGGCGAAAAAGGAGUAUCUACAAGCACUAGCAGCCUACCGAGACAACCAGGAGAGUCAGACGGUGGUGGAAACAGUGGAGCAGGACCCGUCCCCUCUUUACUCCCCAGCGGUGGCCCUGGCCCGUGGCGCCGCCCAGCGCCCAGCCCCUCGCUGCCCACCCGCCGGCUCGAGGGAGGCAGCCCCCCUCGGCAUGGUCCCAACCCAGCCCACCAUGGUGGUGACCUCGGCGGCGGGCCCCCAGUCGGCCGGCCAGACCAGCAUCACAAAGAUCAUCAUCCCCAAGCAGAUGCUGCCCCCCUCAUUGGCGGUGACGUCCCAAGGGGGCGUGGUGACCGUCAUCCCCGUCAUGAACCAUGGCGGUGACACUCCGGGAGGAUCCCAGCUGGAAGCCAGCUGCAGACUGGAGACGGGGGCCACUCCAGAUCAUCACCAGCUUUCUAGGUCCUGGCAGCCGCCCGCCGCCGCCGCCUCUUUCCAUGCACUCCUGCCGGGCAAGCUCCAGCUCUCUCUCCAGCAGGUGCCUCCAGCGGCCCCGGCCCAGCCGGUCACGAUCCUCCAGCAGCCGCCUCCCCUCCAGGCCAUGCAGCAGCCCCCUCUCCAGAGAAAGGUGCGCCUGAACCUGCAGCAGCCGCCGCCCCCCCUGCAGAUCAAGAUCCUGCCCCCGCCCGCCUUGCAGAUCCAGCCCCUGGCCCUGCGGACGGAAGAGAGCAGCCCCGAGAGGCCGGGCCCCGACCUCCAGGCGUCCCCAGAGCCCAUCGAGAUGAUCACGGCGGAAGUCGUGCCAGAGGUCGAGUCCCCGAUGCACAUGGAGCUGGUGUCCGAAUCCUCGUGGCCUUUGUCCCAGCGCCCUAAGCUGUGUCGCGUCUGGCUGCGACAGGGUAACCAGCCAGUAGCCAACAGCGACUGGGACAACGAAUACUGCAGCAGCGAGUGCGUGGUGAAACAUUGCAGGGAUGUAUUUCUAGCUUGGCUGGCCUCCCGCAAUUCAAACAAUGUUGUUUUUGUCAAAUAACCCCGCUGGUCUCCCGUGGCGGGGGAGAAAAACUAUCGUUCGUGUUCCCGCGCCCACGUCUUUUAGCCGAGGACAAAAAAAGAAAAAAGAUUACCGCCAUGCCACUGGGGGAAGAUGGAUAUGGCUUGUGCUUCAGUCGGGGGACCACAGACGAGAGAGAACAUCAUUCUUAUUUGAUGGUGGGGGGAGGAAGCGAUUUGGGCGCUACAGAUUUUUUUCCUCCCCUACAACUCUGUCCCUUGAUAUGUCUCUCUUGACGGAGCUGAUUAAAGCUGGAACAGGAA